AUGCCGUCAGUGGCUCCGCCUCGCGUCCGCCUGAAGGCUCCGGCCUGUCUCCAGGCCCGAUCACGGCCUAGACAUCAGCCAGCCAUGCUCCGUGCAUUGGCCGUCCGUCUCGUCCAGACGACCAGAAGCCGGCAGAGCCUGCGUGCGACUUCUGCAGACGGAUUGGCAGCAGCCAGCAGGCCCAACGAACCCGAGCACAAGUCUCUGCAGACGACAAACAAGCCGGCUCCCUUAUCGGUGCUGCCCCUCACCAACGUGAUGCGGUCGUAUUUUGUCACCUCCAUAUCGUCAUCCAAGAUUCUGCUGCCGCCGUCACUAGCGCUCACAACUUGGAUAGCAAACAGCAACAACGCGCUGCUCAAUCCGGACAGGAACCCGAUCCUGCACUACAUCCUCAAGAAGACGUUCUAUGCGCAGUUUUGCGCUGGCGAGACAGCGGCCGAGGCCCGGAAGACCAUAGCUGGCCUAAAAAAUAUCGGCUUCAGCGGUGUCAUUCUGGGAUACGCCAAGGAGGCCGUUCUCCAGGACGGGGAGACCGAGAGCCUGUCUGUCAAGGGUGCCGACGAGGCCACGAAGCAGGAGAUUGCAUCCUGGACAGAGGGCACGCUGGAGACGGUGAGAAUUGCAGCACCGGGAGAUUUUGUCGCACUAAAAUUCACGGGUGCCGGCCGCGAAGCACUGUACCAUUUGUCGGAACGCAAGCCACCAGCACCGGCUCUGGCCGAGGCCGUCGACAACAUCUGCGACCUGGCUCUCUCACGGAACGUGCGGCUCUUGUUUGACGCAGAGCAGGCCUCUCUGCAAAAGGGCAUUGACGACUGGACAUUGGCAUACAUGCGCAAGUACAACGCGGGCAAGCCGGCUUUGGUGUAUGGCACAUACCAGGCAUAUCUGAAGUCGACACCGAGCACGCUGUCAGGCCACUUGCGGGAAGCUCGCGAUGGUGGUUUCUCGUUGGGAAUCAAGCUGGUCCGUGGCGCGUAUAUCGGUUCGGACCCAAGGCAGCUGAUCCACGACACCAAGGCCAACACAGACAUGGCGUACGACGGAAUCGCCGAGGCCGUACUGCGGCAGAAGUGGCAGGCACCGCUGGUGCUGACCGAGAAAGGAUCAAAGGAAGCUUUCCCUAACGUCAGUCUGGUGGUGGCCUCGCACAAUGCUGUCAGUGUCCGCAAGGCCAAGGCCAUUGUGGCUUCUGGGGAGGCCAAGAUCGAUGUUGCUUUUGGACAGUUACAGGGAAUGGCCGACGAGGUUAGCUGCACGUUGAUACCAACGGAAGCGAUCACGAAAGAGGUGGCGGCGGCAGCACCUGAGUGCACACGGGUGCGCCCAUACAAAUACCUGGUAUGGGGGUCGACGGGCGAGUGCAUGAAGUACCUUUUACGGCGGGCACACGAGAACCGCGAUGCCGUUCAGCGGACUAAGGACGGCCGCGACGCAAUGCGUGCUGAGCUGUGGAGACGGACCAAGAGUGUCUUUGGGCUGGCCUGA